CCGGAGCGAGCCCCGGCAGCCCGAACCUGUCGGUGUCAAACAUAAAAGCAGAAGUUGUGCGGUCCCGCGCCGCAGCAGGUUGGGAUGUCGGUCUCUAUCCUUUCCUGUCACAUGGCUGGUAAUAGGAUCCUUCAUCUGCCACUCGGCACCUCGCCGGGGCGCAGUUACAGGACACAUGCUGUAGGGCCUGCGCUUCCCGCACUUCGCGCUCGUCCCGGCCGCCCGUGACUGUCUCUGCCCCCGCAGCGCUGGGGCUGCCGCCUGCGAGCGCGGUGCGGACCGGCGGCCGCUGCCCAUGGAACCCCCCGCCCUCGCCGCCGUCCUGGCCCUCUCGGGGCUGGCGCUGAGCUGCUGCCGCGAGCCCGUUCUCUCCGAAUGUUAUACAGCAAACGGGGCUGACUACCGUGGCACUCAGAACCAGACCUCCCAAUAUGCGGGGAAACCUUGUCUGUUUUGGAAUGAGACCUUUGAGCAUCCUUACAAUACUUUGAAAUACCCCAAUGGGGAGGGAGGGCUUGGAGAGCAUAACUACUGCAGGAACCCUGAUGGAGAUGUCAGCCCAUGGUGCUACAUUGCAGAGCAUGAGGAUGGAGUAUAUUGGAAAUACUGUGAGAUUCCAUCCUGCCGAAUGCCGGGGAACCUGGGGUGUUACAAGGACCAUGGGGAGCCACCACCUUUGACUGGCACCAGCGAGACCUCCAAUAAACUGACUAUCCAAACAUGCAUCAGUUCCUGCCGAAGUCAACAAUUUAAGUUUGCAGGCAUGGAAUCAGGUUAUGCUUGUUUCUGUGGAAAUAAUCUUGACUACUGGAGAUAUGGGGAGGCAGCCAGUACGGAAUGCAACAGUGUUUGCUUUGGAGACCAUACUCAGCCUUGCGGUGGGGAUGGCAGAGUCAUUCUUUUUGACACCCUCAUUGGUGCUUGUGGAGGGAAUUACACUUCUGCUACAGCUGUGAUCUAUUCCCCGGAUUUUCCCGACACGUAUGGCACAGGCAAAGUCUGUUACUGGACCAUACAAGUUCCAGGAGCAUCUCAAAUCCACUUCAGCUUUGCCCUUUUUGAAAUCAAAGAUGCUACAGAUAUGGUGGAAUUGCUGGAUGGCUACACCUAUCAUGUUCUAGCUCGUUUUAAUGGCAAGAACAGGCCGCCCCACACCUUUAACAUCUCUUUGGACUUUGUCAUUUUGUACUUUUUCUCAGAUGAAAUCAACCAAGCUCAGGGAUUUGCUAUCAGAUACCAAGCUGUGAAGGACAAUGUGCAUCAAAACAAGAUUCCAGUGAAUCAGACCCUUUCAGAGAAGAUAAAUGAACAAGCAAACCUCAGCAUCAAUGCAGCCCGGUCAUCGAAGAUACUUUAUGUCAUCACAACCAGCCCAAGUCAUCCUAGUAGCUCCAUGCCUGAAUGGACAAUAUAUAGUCUCACAGCACUGCUCAUCCUAAGUGUUACAGCCAUAAUAGCAAAGAUAUUUCUCCACAUAACCAUGAGAUCGCAUCAGAUCCCAUCCGCAACUGAAACAGACGAUUCCAGUGAGGUUACUACUGCUGGCGAGAUCUGGAGUAUAUUUUACCAGCCAUCCACAUCAAUAUCCAUCUUUAAGAAGAAGCUUCGAAGUCAACAAGAUGACUGCAACCCGCUAGUGGGAAACUGAAGUGUCUUUUAUUUUGCAAGAAUCAAUCUUAAAAUCAAGGUGACUUGGGAAUAUUUUUUUUUCUCCCAGUCUCGUACUUCUGUUCCAAAAAGUCCAUUUCCAAAGGCCUUUGAGUGAUUAUGCCUAUCUGUGUAACUCUGGGUUGUACAAAUGACAACAGAUUUAAUUGUGGCAAUAGUUUUUAAAUACCUGGUGCUCAUCAGAUCUGUAGGGCUGUUAAUGACUGCCGUUAAACCAAUGCACUUAAAAUACACGUCAAACCUGUAAAAUUUGAAACAUCCUGUACCCCUGACAAAAGUAAUUUGAAAGAGGAUCUGCAGGUUGAGGACUCGUGUUCUGCUUUCCUGUACCACUGGCUACUUUAGUCCCUUUAUUCUCAAGGCCAAAGACAGAAGGAGAUACAGGUAACUUGUUCAGCUGCCACAGCAAACAGAGCUUAUCUGCCUUAAUGUAAACAUGUCUAAAUGGUACUAUACAGUAAAAUGGGAGCCAAAGACUUUGAGACUGCUUGCCCAGUGCUCCACUCUUUCUACGUUUUCUGUUUUGAAAAGCAGAGAUGUACAAAUAAAAAAUCAAAACAGAUUCAGGAAGCAAAUACUCUGUGGAGCAUCAGCUGCAAAUGUGAGUUUUGACGGAGUAAUGGUCACCAAGUCAAGGUCUGCACAAGCAAUGAAGACUUUUAAAUGACUGUGUCUCUCACCCAUUGAUCGUGGUGAUUUUGUUCAUAUUCACAGUGAUCCUGAAGUCCUGCAUUUGUUCUGGAUGUAAGCCUAAGGCUUCUUAAAGGAUUGUGCAAAGAAACUGUAAAUCCACCGAAUAUUUAAACAGUGAGGCUGACUAACACAGAUUCUUACUCUGAAGUUAAAGAUAUUGACCUCAGGAGCCUGAACUAUUUUCAAUCAACAGCUCACCUACUCCAGGCUGCGCAUCUGAACACAUAUGUAACACUUGCCUUCAUACCUGUGAGAAAAAAGAAGUGUCUCUUGCCUUCAAAAUUAAUGCUGAACUGCAUUUUUAAGAUUAAUGACCUUAAUUAUCUAAGAACUAAAACAUCAGAGGCGAUCUGAUGUGUGAAAUAAUUUCUCUUUGAUUGCAACAGGCAGCAUUAAAUAUUUUUCUCUCUUUAGUAGAAUAUCUGUCCACCCACAAUGCUCAGACUUCUCAUCUGGGGAUCAACAGUGAGUCUCUCAGCCUUGGCAAGCCCAGACUAGCAAGAUAGUUAGGAAAAACUGACAAUACACAAGUUGGAUAAAUUGACUGGAAAAGUUUACUGCUAAGUUAGAGGAAAUUCAGUGAGACAUUGGAAUACAGUAAUUCUGGUUAAGACAAAAGGGAUAAAUGUCACUCUAAACAGAGACCGAUGGCCUGUGUAUACCAGACCUGCAGUCAGAGAACAACUGUUGAAUGAAUCUGCAAAAGAUGAAUAAGAAAAUUGUCACCGAGUUUAAAUUCAUUAUAAUAUCUGCCCCUCAGUUUUUAACAUACAACUCUCUCCCCUUCAUGAGGUCUGUAGAUUUCCUUGAAAAAAUAGGGCAUCUGAGAAUUAAGCAAUGAAAUACCGUGCCUUACUUGCCAUUGCAGAUCCCGUGUUUUACCUGAAUUGAAUUCAUUCCAGCUCCAUUUAUGUACCGCGGAUGAGUGCCAGAGACAGCUGAGCAGUACCGCAAUAAAUGCUUAAUAGAAACAAGACUUUACUAAGCCAGCAAUUAUGGAAUUGUUUAUAUGAAAAAUGGAAUCUCAUGGGAACAUCUAGUACUUUCUUGCAUGAGCUGCUGGAAAGAAUACAGGAAAAGAUAAAGGCACUAUUGCCUCAAAUUGAGACAGGCCAAGUUGUAAAAUACACUGGUUCUCUAUUACAUGUCAUCAACCUGGACCAAAAAAAACAUUAUCUGUUUUAGACCCAAUGAGAAUUUUUUAAUUGCCUUUUUAACAGUCAGGUUUUUGCAUCAUGCUGUGUAGGGAAAAAGUUUACUUCACAGACUUGUUAUGAAACAAAUUCAUUUGCUUCCUAAGUAUACUUAAUAUGGUUUACUAAUGGAAAGCCAGGAGGGAAGUCUCAGUGUAAAGCUAGAUCCUUAGGAAUUGUGACGAACCUUUGUUUGCUUGCCUUAUCAAAUGUUCUCGGGCAGCUAAACAUAUACAGGCAAAGGGACAUUCAAAGAGUCAGCUAAUGCUGAUAAACAGAAAACAUCAGGAGCACUCCAUGACUGAUUUCUAUGUACUGCAGAAGGAAAAAAUACAGAACUUUUAAGCUUCUCUCCUUCAGUAAAUAAUUUAUUUUAAUUAUAAAAUAAGAGAAAGCCCAUUACAAACAACAGCAAAAAAAGACUGAUGCUGCUGAUGCCAAAUCUAGGGAAUUUAAAAGCUGAGAUUUUGCAUUGGUCCCUUAGAUCCUCAACUAUUUUUUAAAUAGUAAAAUCAUGUUUAAUGGGCCUUUCUUAGGAAAUGUUUAUCCUAUCCAAUUUCUGUGCAAAAGACCCAUAAAACCAGCAGUUGCAACAGAUUAACUGGCCAUAGCAACAAUGAGCAUGACUAAGCGUAAGGUAUUGGACAGUGCACAGGUAAACACAGUAAUAAAAGUGUAGGGGAAAUGCUUAUGUCCCCCCGGCCAGAUCUUCCCAGAUACUGCUAAUAGCAGAAAACAGCAAUAGAUAGAAAUGUGUGGACAGGGUCCCUUAAAUAGCACUUCUUACUAUGCAGACCUGGGACCAUACAGAGCACACGGAUCUCUGCUGUGGAUCAUUUCGCAACGUGGUCCGGUCGCUCCGUGCUCCUCGCACAGACCGCAGCGGUACGGUGGCGUGUGGGAUCUGUUAACACGGCACUUUAUGGCCUUUGCUGUGAGGGUUUGGGGAGAGAAAGAAGAAAAGUCUGACACGCACAACUGUUGUAAUCCCACAUGAUUCAACACACAGAAGCGCCCCAUGGACACCAGCAGCUGAGUGCUGACAGCUGGAGGGCACCCACACCUCCAGUGUUCACUGCGUUUGCUUCAACACAUUGAAAAUAACUGCAGAACAAGAAUUUGUUUGGAAUUGUAUCUGAAUGGCCUUCUGACUGCCUUAACACGCUGGACAGGCUGCAAGUAUGACAAUGGCCACAAUUUCAAAAGCAACUGUUUUGACAACAAAACCCUCAUAAGGAGCUGCCUCCUCGCACACGCGCAUUCCAGCCCCUGCUCCGGCCCCCUCCUGGCUCCGUUGUGCUGGUGAUAACCGGCUGGGUGGUGGUGCAAUAAACUGAUCAAGUUAAAAAUUACCAUCACUUUUUCUUUCCUGAGUUACUUUGAACAGAGAUGAGUUUCUGAUGUUGUUUAUCGGGCGGUUGCACAGAGGUGAGCGAAUGCAGCCAGGCGGGCAGUGAGCCACAGCAGAACCACCGCUGCUGCCCCAGAACAACUGCUGGUGAGACCAUCCCCAUCGCCAACACGUCAGCUACAAUAACCUGCCCUGGACCUGCGCCUCAGGUGGAAGGGGGCCAGCCGGACAAGUUGCCUCCCUAAUUCCAAAUCUGAGUUUAAAACUAGUUUAGUUUGUUGACUAAAUGAUUUUACUUUUGUCUUAAUAUUGUGCUGGGGGGGGAAAUAGAGACUGUGUUAUUUAAAAAUAUGUGUGGUAUCAUAGUAAUAUAUAUUUAUAUAUGUAUAGGAAAUGCAUUAUUUAAUGCAGCAAGUUGUGCUUGUAUCUUGCUAACAUUUUAUAGGAAGAAAAUAUGUUAGUUUACAUUCUGGGAAAAAUAAUUUUUCUAUACACUGUAACCAUAGGAAAAAAAAAUCACAGAUAAUUCAUUGGUAUAUAUGACAGAAGAUCACAGAGGAAACUCAGUUUUAUGGCAGAAUAGAUGCUGAUGAAACAAUUGUUUUAAGAUGUACUUUUUCCUCCUUUGAAUCUUAUUUCUAGCUUGUAAUUGUAUUAAGCUGUUUAUCAAAUUCUGCAAAGUCAUGUGCCUGUACGCUCAGGACCAUUUUAACAUCAAACAUGUCAUCUGUGUUUUUCAA